CGUGACCGGGCGGCCCCCGGGCGCGAUGGCGGUGCGGCUGGCCGGCUUCCUGAUGUUGCUGGGGCUCGCGGCGCGCGGUCGGUGGUUCCGCGAGCACGCCCCUCCGCACGUCGGCGUCGCCGGCCUCUGCUCCCUGCUCAUCGCCUCGCUCUCCGCAGGGCCCGCGCCGGCACGUGCCGGGAAGAUGAAGGUGGUAGAGGAACCCAACACAUUCGGGCUGAAUAACCCGUUCCUGCCCCAGGCAAGUCGCCUUCAGCCUAAGAGAGAGCCUUCGCCUGUAUCGGGGCCCCUGCAUCUCUCCAGACUUGCUGGCAAGUGCUUCAGCCUAGUGGAGUCGACGUACAAGUACGAGUUCUGCCCUUUCCACAACGUGACCCAGCACGAGCAGACCUUCCGCUGGAAUGCCUACAGCGGCAUCCUUGGCAUCUGGCAUGAGUGGGAAAUCACCAACAAUACCUUCAAGGGCAUGUGGAUGACCGAUGGGGACUCCUGCCACUCCCGAAGCAGGCAGAGCAAGGUGGAGCUUACCUGUGGGAAGACCAGUCGACUGGCCCAUGUGUCUGAGCCAAGCACCUGUAUCUAUGCAUUGACAUUCGAGACCCCCCUCGUCUGCCAUCCCCACUCUUUGUUAGUGUAUCCAACCCUGCCAGAGGCCCUGCAGCAGCGCUGGGACCAGAUGGAACAGGACCUGGCAGACGAGCUAAUCACACUGCAGGGCUAUAAGAAGUUGCUGAGGGUGCUUUUUGAAGAUGCUGGCUAUUUAAAGGUCCCAGGAGAAACUCAUCCCACCCAGCAGGCAGGAGGUUCCAAGGGCCUGGGGCUUGAGACCCUGGACAACUGUAGAAAGGCACAUUCAGAGCUGUCCCAGGAGGUACGAAGACUGACCGGUCUGCUGGACCAGCAUGGAAUCCCCCACACUCAGCCCACAGAAACCGCCCACUCUAAGCACCUGGGUCAGCAGCUCCCCAUUGGCACAACCUCCGAGCAGCUGCGGGGUGACCCAGGACUACGUGGGAACAUCCUGUGAUCCAGGUGGUCAUGAAAGAUAAAGAAUAGAAACAUCCUCAGCCUCAAGUGUCCUUUCAUAGAGAGGUCAGGUGUGGUCUCAGCGGGGUGCACAAAACUGGUGUAGUGGAGACAUGGCUUCUUUUGGCAUCUUCUAGGCCAGGCAGGGUCACUGACAGAUGCAGGGACCUGCUGGCCAGUCUUUGUUGUGCUCAGAGACCCAGACAGAAUAAAUUUCAAAGUUUUAAUUAAUCUCAUACUGAUAAAAAAUAACUCCAUGAAUUCUGUAAACCAUUGCAUAAAUGCUAUAGUAAAAAAAUUUAAACAAAUGUUAA